UCAUUCUCAUCGUUUCUGAUUUCAGAAUCAGAGAAUUUCAUGGUGCUGUGGGUGACACAUAUACGUAAAUUUUAGUAUAAGAACCACAUUGGCACCAACUGUAAGGAAAUGGAAUCAAUGGAAUAUGAGCUUGCUAGAAACCUCACUCUAUUGUUCUUCGUGGAGCGCCUACUCGACAAAGGCGAGCCGAGAACGUUGCACGAUCUUUCCUGCCAGUUUGGUGCCAAAGGCUUCACCAAGGAGAUGCGUCAGAUAGCUGGUGGAUCGCAGUCAGGCCUUAAGAAAUUCUUGGGUCAAUAUCCAGCGUUGUUCAACAUAGACGGGGACUAUGUUGAUAUUAACACUUUCCAGAGGUACACCAGUGGUGCUGGCGCGUCAUCAAACAACGACUACAUCGAAGAAGCCAAGGAAUACUUUGCAAACAAGAUGAUACAAUAUGGGGAAGGAACGGAGGUGCCUAUAAAAAGUCUUCUGGGCCAUCGCAGUCAAGCUUCUCCGCAAGUUCGUCACAUAUCAGGUCAGCGUAUUAAAGAAUUUAAAGAUUUCCUUCUGAAGCAUCCGGAUACGUUUCAUAUAGUCGAUGAUAAUGUUAUUCUAGUCAGCGAGAAUCAUUUAAGAGAUCAUGCUCAUAGCAAUUCGCAAUUCCAUAAUUUGCCUGUUGCUAAUAUAAAUGUGGACACAGCACAGCAAUUACUAGACUUUAUUGCUCAGUGUAUUGAGGCUAAAGGUCCAGUCAUGGUCGAUCAGUUGUUCCACCUUAUAGUGGCUCAGUUUCCACAGGAAUAUUGGUACCAAAUGUUUCGAACACCGGCAGAUUUAAGUGCUUUUUUGAAGUUAUUUUCUGAUAGUUUCCAUGUGCAAGCAAAUCUCGUCACACUUAUAAGUAAACCAAAAAUACCUGUUAUGUAUUUAAAUGCAAAACCGAAAGAAAAGACUGAUGCACCAAAGCCUAUCAUAUUGGAAAAGCAAUCUUCCCCGGUCCCUCCCACUAUCACCAGUCCUACACCCUCUGAUGGCAAAUACAGUCCUGCUAAUAGGAUUCUUAGCCCUACUGAAUCUCCCCGUAUCACACAGGCUAAUUUUGCAAACCAGACCUUAAAGCAGCGUUUAAACUCCCUUGUUAUCAAGAACUUAGCUGAGAAUAUGGUCAGAGACAGGGUUAACAAUGUAUAUAAUAGGUGCUCGGAAGAUAGUAACGGAGCAACACUUCGAAAUAUGAUGACUGGGGAAGCAUGGAGGCAAAAGGUCAUACAGAGCACAACCAUUAUUGCAAAUGUUAGGGAAUGUGCUACAUUGAUGGACAGUAUUUUGAAUCCCAAGCGUUCUGGAAGAAGUAUUGUAUCAUUUGACUGUGAAGGCAUCAAUUUAGGAAUGAGGGGUGUAUUAACUCUUUGCCAAAUUGGAACUAUGAAUGGAGAGGUAUUCAUAUUGGAUAUAAUGACAUGCCCCGGAAUGAUAAUAGAAGGCAAAAUCAAGGAGCUUUUAGAAAGUGAGAAUGUUGUUAAAAUCAUACAUGACUGCAGGAAUGACUCGGUUAACUUGUACAACCAGUAUGAGAUAUCUUUGAAAAAUGUGUUUGACACUCAGGCAGCCCAUGCUGUGUUACAAUUACAGCAGCACAAUAUUCCUGUCUACAAGGUAAAGAACCUAAGCCUUAAUGCUCUAUGUGAAAUAUAUAAUGCCCCAAUGAACCCCAUGAAGGAACAACUUAAGAAUGUUUAUCGCAGAGACCAAAAAUAUUGGACAAGAAGACCACUCACUAAAGAUAUGAUAAUUUAUUCAGCUUCUGAUGUUCUAUCUCUUGUUAAUCCAGCAAUUUAUUUCUUCAUGUCCAGUAAUAUAAAACCUGAAAACCAAAAAUUGUUUGAGGAACUUUGCAAUGAACAAGUCUUAAUGCACAUUGAACCAACUGAAGUAAAGCUUCAUAAGCGUCAAAGAAAAGUCAAUACUGAAGUUGGCGAACUGAAACAAAAAUUGGCAGAGUGUACUAAAAAUAUUGUGCUGAGCAAUAGAGAAAUUAGGUUAUUGAGAUAUUUAGAGCUCACAGAAGAAGAAAAAGAGAAGCUGAAAGGCUGUCACAAGAUAUCAAAAAAAUUAGAAAAACUUGAAGCUAUGGGCCAAGAUAGGUACAGUGAUUCUGACGAUGAUGAAAAAGAAAAUGAAAUGGCUAGUUUGGAGUCCAAUCCCUCAGAUUCUAUAUCAUCCCCUCAUUCUACACAACCUCCGAGCCUCACAGAAUCCAUGCAAAUGAUGGAUGAAAUAUUAUCAGAUACAAACAUGGACAAAGUAGAAAAGAUAAACCGAUUGGAAGCAAUUUUAUCGGCUGUAGCACCAUUAAGUGGUGAACUGGAAGACAAAUUUUCUCAACAAAUGGAGAAAACUCUGCCAUUGCUCAAGAACAAGGAUUGGUCCAAUUUAAACCAAAUUCUGAAUAUUAAUGAUGGUGAGAGGAAAAAUUGUUGUUGUAAGUGUCACAACUCCACAUUUGGUGAUAAUAAAUGCAAUGAUCUCAUUGAAACAAAGAAAAUUGAAACUGGUUCUCAAACACUCAGUACUGGAGAUAUAGUCAUCACGAGAAUUCAUUUCACAGAGGAAGACAAGGCAAAUGAGAGAGUUCUAGAAGUCACACCAGACAGUGUGAGGGUGGGUAUCAAUAAAAUGUCUUAAAAUAUCAAUUACUAUCACUUUCGUAGUGCCACAUAUAACUUCGUUACUCUCCUUGUGUGAUUUAUACAUUGCAAUUAAUAGUUUUAAGUUAAAGUAGAUUUUUAAGUCAGAUAAUGGUAACUAGUUAAUUGGUGAUAUGGUGUGUUGGUUGAAUACGUUGAGUGUUUGCAUUGACCGCCUACAUGUGCUCAUUUGAGCGAACACUCGCGUGUCUACGCCUCGAAUAAUAUUAAAUGCAACAGUUAUGCGCAUAUUAUGGAAAAUUAAUUCUAUCACUUGUCAAUACGGUUAUAUCUCUUUAUGCGAGUAUUACUGGGUUGUAAGAACUGUUCUGUAUUUGUCCUCGGAUAUUGUCGAUCUGUUUUGAAUUGUAAAUAAGAUAUUCAAGAGAUAAUAGCGGGGAUGUUUCUAAUCGCCUAAAGUGACGUAACUCUAAAAUAUGCCUUAUUUAUUGUAAACGCGUAAAUUAUUUCAUCAGAUGAAAUGUUGAUGGCAAUAAGUAGGUAACAUAAGGUCUUAUGUAUUGUUCAAAUAUUUAACUAUUGUUAAGUAGAAUGUUAAUGUUAAGUAAAGUGUUACUAUCUUUAAUAAUUUAACACGGUGCUUGCUAGUUAACGUUUUUAAACUAAACAUUUUUGAUGUAGUUUUUUAUUAGAUAGGGUUUGUACGUUUUUUAAAUAUUCCGUGCCUUAGUACCAUAUCCCAUUAUUUAUGUAGGUAAUAAAAUUUAGAUCACUGUUUAAACACUUUACAUGAGUUGUGACUUAGUGUCAUCUAAAAUAAUGUAUUUCGUAAAACAUAUUUAAGCAAUGUUAAAUUUUUUCGAGUUUAUUUUUGUGAAUGAAUUUAGUGAUAUACUUACUUAUAGUAGAUAAUGCUUUUACUAGUUGCUUUUAUUUAUUCGCCUUUUAAGAUUACUGAGCAGUAUUCGUUCUUCCAUUUUUGUUGCAUGCUGUUUUAUAGUUAAUACUUUACCGGCAAUCGUGCCUUAGCUCCAAUGGGCACCAACCAUUUUGUAAAGUGCCACUUAUCUUAUUAUUAAGUAGCAUUUUUGUCGUUGUGUAAGAAUACUUACCUGUUUAAGAUGAACUAUUUAAAAAUGAACUGAAAGGUUUUGGCAAAUUGUCGAUAACAUUUGCACCUUGUUUACAUUUAAAAUUAAAGUUUUUGAAGACUAAA